UUGACUCUUGUGGUGAUCCAUCAUGGAAAUAAUUUUGUUGAGAUUGCUAAAACUUUGAAGGACAAGAUAAUAGCAACUGAAGAUGCAAAUUUGGUAAAAAUUGAAAAUGAUGUGUUGGGAUUGGAUACGUUUUUUAAAUUUAUUUUAAUGGAAGGGGAUGAAGCUAAUGAGGAAAUUGCUGAAGAUAAAGGAGAUGUUGAGGAUUUAGAAAUUCAUGAAGGAAAUGUUGAAGAGUUUGAAGAUGACGGAUUUGUUAACGAAGAUGAAGAGGAUGGAAUUGCUGAAGAUGAUGAAAGAGAUGUGGGUAAAACUAGUGAGCAGGGAAACGAUUCUAUAGCCAGUUAUGGUUCUGAUUAUGAUGACCUAUCUUCAAAUUUAAAAUGCUUAUCGUAUACAGAAAAAGAGUAUGGAACUGAGGUGAAGAUGGGAAAUUUUGAAUAUGAGUAUACUGCUAACUAUCAAAACGGAGAUUGGAUUAAAUUGAACGAUUUAUGUAUAGAAUUGAAAAGGUUCGAAAACGAUCUUGAUAGUAUUUUAGAAUAUCUACCGAGUAAAAUGAAGAGAAGAGGUGAUUUUAAAACUUUUAAUGAAUGGAAGAAUGGACAGAAUAAAAAUUCCAUUUCGAGGAGAAUUGGAAAGCUAAAAAAGAGGUGUGAAGAGAUAGAACAGGUGAUGGCAAGCAAAUCAGAAUUUACGUGUAGUCGUUAUCAUCCAAUUACUGAUUCAACUGAUCCAUUUACAAAGUCGGCUAAAAAUAGAUCAGCAUCUUUAUUGACAAUUUUGGAAUAUAUUCAAUCUUUGUCAGAUUACGAUAAAUUACGUUGGGAGUUGCAAAAUAGAUUGUUUUUGCCUCUUCCACAAUGGCGAAGGCAAGAAUUGGCCAAGUUAUAUUGCGAAAAGGAUCCAAUAGAUUUUGAUAUUUUGUAUGACAUUAUAUUGGCAAGUCCAAAAUUUGAAUUGAAACAGAUUAUUAACAUGUUUAAUAAUGUAUUAAUAAAGCAAGAUGAAGCAAAGUAUAAAGAAUUUGAGAAGAUAAAGAAAAAUAAAAAAGUUUCAAAGUUGCAAGAUUUUUUAUUUUAUAAACAAUAUCUGACAAUAAAUCAGAGAGAGAUGACAGAGAUAUGGGACAUUUUGAUUAACCGAAUAGAAUCCGUUGGAAACGAUCAAUUUUUUGAUGAAAAAUUUAAGGAGGUUAAGAUAUAUUUUUCAAUUUAA